UCUUCUCCAGAGAGAUCAAUGAUCUUGAGGCACAAAGAGAGAUGACCAAAGACAAAACCAGUAGGUUGUACCGACUCAAUCCUUACUUAGACCACAGGGGCAUCCUUAGAGUGGGAGGUCGAUUAGAGCAUGCUGCCAUGCAUCCACACAUCAAACAUCCAGUCAUCCUACCAAAAAACAGCCACAUAACAAGGUUACUGAUUGAUCACUAUCACAGACAAGUGCAACAUCAGGGGCGUGGCAUGACCAUAAACGAGUUGAGAUCAAAUGGCAUCUGGAUCCUCGGAUGUAGUCAAGCUGUGUCAUCAGUCAUCUACCACUGCGUCAAGUGCAGAAGGUUUAGACGUCACCCUGAAGAACAGAGAAUGGCAGACCUGCCGCGUGAGAGAAUGGAGACAACUCCUCCCUUCACGUAUAGUGGGAUGGAUUGUUUUGGUCCAUUUUACGUCAAAGAAGGUCGAAAGGAGCUGAAACGUUAUGGACUAUUGUUCACAUGUUUGUGCUCUCGUGCAGUGCACAUAGAGUUACUCGACGAUCUAUCAACCGAUGCAUUCAUCAACUCACUUCGUGCUUUCAUUGCCCUACGUGGAAACGUUCGCCAACUUCAAUCAGAUCAAGGCACCAAUUUUGUUGGAGCGAGGCGUGAAUUCCUGGAAGCAGUAAAGGAAAUGGAUCAAGAAUGCAUUAAACAACUAGGAUGCGAAUUUGUCGUGAACCCUCCUUCUGCUAGCCAUAUGGGCGGAGUUUGGGAAAGGCAGAUCCGGACAAUCAGAAGUGUGUUAACAUCCAUUCUGGAUCAGUCAUCCCGAACACUCGACAGUUCAUCCUUACGGACUUAUCUUUACGAAGUGAUGGCAAUCAUAAACAGCCGACCUAUGACGGCACACUUACUCAGUGACCCAACAGGUCCUCAGCCUCUUACGCCCAACUUACUUCUGACAAUGAAGUCCUCGAUAAUCUUGCCUCCACCUGGAAACUUCGUAAAGGAAGACCUCUACCUCCGCAAGAGAUGGCGUAGAGUCCAAUACCUUGCAAAUGAAUUUUGGCACAGAUAAUCGCUCACACAUAGUUCAUUGGGUGAAAUCACAAGUGAUUUAGUGGGAGUGUAGCUGCCGUCAAAGGCAACUCAUAUAUUUCAGUUCAAUAUGGUUCACAGUUAAAAUAUAAAUAUAUAUGAGAGGUUAAAAAUCAUAUGUUUGAAAUAAAUAAUUUCUCAUGGCUAAUAAAUAAUAAUUUCAUGUUUAUUUCUUUUUGUUAAAACUUUGUGGAAAAGGUGGGAACUUAUUUUUUUGUUCCGUGUGGAAAUUAUAAUUUGUUGGCAUGGGGACGCGGUAGGGGUGCACUCGCUAGGAUCAGAGAGAUAUGCGCUGCGGCUUGCGAGCCAUCUGUCUAAAAGUUCGCGGAAGAUUGUAAAGUCAUCCAUAAGUUUGUUGGUGAAGCGUGAAGAUGAAGUUUACCCUCUCGGGUCUAUGCGGCCAAUGAGUUCUGACGGCAAUGUGAAAUGAGUAAUAAGGGGACAUGUAAAGACAUGUUUGAAGACCUUGUCAUCAAAUAAAUGCCCGUUAAAACCAAGGAACGACUUGAGCUUUUAUUAAACCUCGAGGGGAGUAACAAUAAGUAAAAUUAAAAUAGCUUUCCUGUAGUUCAGUGGUAAGAGCAUGGCGCUAACAAUGCCAAAGUCGUGGGUUCGAUCCCAGGGGAUUGCACAUGCUUAGAAACAAAUGUAUAUGAUAAUGCAAUGUAGGUCGCUUUGGAUAAAAGCGUCUGCCAAAUGCUUAAAUGUAAAUGAAUUGAGAAAU